UAAACGCACAAUGAGGAGCUUUACCUUGAUAACAGCUUUAUUUCUCUGCUGCACCAACUGGAUCUGUGUGUCAGUGUCUGAGACUCAGACUGUGGAGGUCCAGCCUGGUCAAGAAGUCUCACUGCUGUGCUCCAACAUUUCCAGAAAAACAACUCAGACAGACUGGUUCAGACUGGUCAACAGAACAAAGGUCAGCUGUGUCUCCUCCAUAUACAACCCUGAGGACAAACCUUCAUACUGUGAUGGAUCUGAAAAUAGAUUUGAAAUGAGCUCCAACGUCACCACUGUCUUCCUUAAAAUAAAGCGAGUGGAUUUAUCUGACUCUGGACUGUAUUUCUGUGGAUUUUACAUGAACGAAAACACAAUAAUCGGCUGUACGACACAUUUAAAAGUUCAAGAUAAUGGUGAAUCUGAUGAUGAAGCUGAUUGUCAGACUGAAAAAAUGCCUGAUGGAACGACAAACCUGAUGAGUGUGAUCCUGGGUGGUCUGACUGUUUUUCUGACUAUAGUCAUCAUUAUUCUGACUGUUAAAAUCAGGAAAGCUGAAAAUGAAGAAAAGCAUCCUGGAAGAAAGAAUCUGGGCUCUGAUGACCUGAACUCUGCAGCUUUGAGGUUCCUUCCAGAAACAAUAAGAAACAGGAAGCCUGCAUCACCGAGACAAGUGGAGACUCAUGUCAUUUAUAAUGUCAGCAGAUAGACUCAGGAAGCAACUGCAACCUGGACUGUUACUGAUGCUUUGUCACAUUAAUCUGCUAUGUUGCUUUUCUGCAUGGGUGGUGGUAAAAUAUUUGGUUGUAAUCAAGUUCCUGUAUAAAUAAAG